UCCCUGCUGUGAGCUCUGUCAGGAUGAAACCUGGCAGAAGGCUCUGAGCAGGUACAGGAAGUGUUUGUACCGACAGGAAGUGACAUCACAUGUUUGAGUCACACAAACAGCAGGAGUGAAGACACACACGCUGAUCUGAUCUGUGGUCAGAGUGUCGCCGCCUCACAGGAAACUCACACAGACCGACAGAGUGCAUGAUGGGAGUGAAGAUGCUGCUGCUCGUCUCUCUGCUCGCCGCUCUGGGGCCGUCGUUGCCGGCGGGCAGCCAUCAUGGCGGCCUCAUGCCUGGCUCUCCAUACAACAUCAGCAGGAAUGACCCCAGACUGCAGAAGGUCGUCCUCACCGCCGCCUACUACUACAACAACCAAUCAAACGAUGCCUUCCUCUUCAAACCCUCUGCCAUCCAAAGAGCACAGCGGCAGCUGGUGAAGGGGGUCCGGUACAUUGUAGAUCUGCAGAUUUCCAGAACCGUCUGCCAUAAACGAGACGGCAACAAGAACCUCUCCCAGUGUGACCUCCAGCCUGCAGGUGUGCUGCAGCAGACAUUUCAGUGUCACUUUGAGGUUUGGAUCAUUCCCUGGGAGAAGAAGACCCAGACCCAGGUUCUAGACUGUGGACUCUGAGACCGCCAGAACUUCCAUCACCUUCCUCCUCAAUCACCAUCCUCCCCGAGGGUUACCGCCACCUGUCUCCAUCACAUCCUCCACCUACUGGUCAGAGGAUGAACUGCAGCUUACUGAAUUAAAAUCUGUUCUGAUGAAUUUCAGUUUGUUUAAUUGGUUUAAAGCAGUCAUUAGCGUUUGAAGAUAUUCUGGUACUUCAUUAUAACUUCACUGAAGUAUCUAACAUCACGACUACAAGCAGCAUGUUGACAUCAGAGCUGUGAUUGUGUGCCAUCACUCAGUGUUUAUGAAAUGAUUAAUAACUUAUAACAUGACAUCAUGACCUCACUCUGUCGUUAAUUUGUACCGAAGCUACCAAAAUAAGACAGAUUAAAGUGAAAGUGUUCUUUCACUGGUCAGCUGGACUUAAUAAUAAUAACAAUAAUAAUAAUAAUAAUAAUAAAAUCACCGAGACAUGUGUCAUUCA